CAUCAAAACAACUUUAUUUCCAUAUUGGGAAGUUUUGGUGGAAAUCUUAUAGUAGUACUACAAAAUAUUUAAUCCAUCAAUCAAAUAGGAGUAGUAUUGGUGUUGCGAUGGUUUGGUGUGAUUUCUGCGGGUCGAGGCAGGCGAUUCUGUACUGCCGCGCGGACACCGCUCAGCUCUGCCUGUGGUGUGACCAGCAGGUGCACUCCGCCAACGCCCUCUCCAAGAAGCAUCUCCGCUCCCAGAUCUGUGACAGCUGCGCCGCCCAGCCGGCGUCCUUCCGCUGCUCGACGGACGGCGACAGUUUCUCGGGCUGUCCGUCGACAAGCCCUACGAGUGGACGAUCUCAUGGUUCCCGAUAAGAAGAAGAAUUCUGCAGCAGCUUAUCGAAUUGUUAGCUGAUGGCGGCUGUGGUGGAGAUAGGGAGGAUUUAGAACCGGGGACGCCGAGGCGCGAACAGGAUGUGCAACAGGAAUUUACGUCGUUGCUAUUGAUGCCCACGCCGCCCAAUCACAACACCACCACUGCAUAUAUGGGACUUCAAUCUGGGACAAUUGAGGGGCCAUGAGGAGUCUAGCCCCGUUGAACUAGAAUUUGGAGGAAGUGACAUGUACACUAUGAAAAGUUAUGGGGAAGCAUCAUUGGCAAAGAGAAGAGUGGUGGACAUCUCUGGAGUGAACUGUUCUGUUGCCAAGGAAGAUAUAAUCCCCUUUCACAAUGCUGCCAAUAACCAGACUCCAUGUCAGGGGCCUGCACACCAGAGAGUAAUAAUGUACCUGUAUCAAGGCCACCAUGUUCCGGUUUAACCAAACCCGAAUCCUUAGGUGGUUCGAAAGAUUUGCAGUUCACAAAUCAGUCUAUUCUAUUGGCAAGCGAAAGUAUGGCAGCUAUGUCAAAGAGUGACAUCGAGCUUCUGGCAAAGAAUAGAGGCAACGCUAUGCAACGAUACAAGGAAAAGAAGAAAACAAGGAGAUACGACAAACAUAUAAGAUAUGAGUCCAGAAAAGCAAGAGCAGAUACUAGGAAGCGAGUGAAGGGCCGAGUGCAGGUGGUGAAUGAGCUGCAGCUGUAUGUUGUGAACAAGUUUGUAGGUGUGAAGAUGAAGAAAGGGUUGAGAAACUUGUGCAUCGGAGAGGGCUCCACCUCCAUUCUGGAGGGAGAAAGGCAACCGACUUUGGAGGAGAUGAUCCUGGGGUUGGAGAUGGAGAGUGGAAAGAGCAAGGUAGAGUUGCAGAGAAUGUCGUGCGUGAGCAGCUGCGACAUUCUAAGGAGCGCGAGAAAGGCAUUGGAUGAGUAUCCGCGGUUCUCUCUGGAUGGGAAGGAGGGAAUGUACCGGUCGCCCUUCACGAGGGAGAUGGAGGCAGAGAAGAUGCGGAGGCUGCCUGCGGUGGUGGGAGGGGAGAGCGUUAUUUGGUGUAAACCGGGGGUCGUGGGGAAGCUCAUGGGGCUGGAAGCCAUGCCGAUUCCCUUGAACGCCAAUUAUAGGAGGGAGAGGCUUAGCGCCAUCAUAAGGCGGCAAAAGCAGGCGGAGUUGGAGAGGCGGUGGCGGAGCCGGAGAGGGGUGGUGGGAUCUUGCUCAAGAGCUGGAUAUUGUGUUGUCAAACCAAAUGCUCAAGGAAUUGGAUUGCUUCACCUCCAUAGAUGAAAGGAUAUUUAAGUUUGUGUUGUUCUCUUCUGUUUUGUGUUAUGUUCUCUCUUAUGCUAACUCAAAUCAAUUUUUAAGUUUCUUUUGCUACU